GACCAGCUGCCGCCGAGUGCAUUUAGGCAUUUCUCCAAGCACAAGGCAUCUUAUCUUUAUCCCGUUUCAGCAGGGCAGGAUGCUACGGCCAGCGGCUGCCGCUGUUUAUCCGUCAUCCUACUACGCCCCACCGCCGCGAUUCCCAGCAUUUCCGGGCCGACGACGCCCCGCCGCCAUAGCCGUCCGGUGCGUGAACCGCGACGCCCCCGACGCCUCGAAGGCGAAGCUGAAGGUCGGCUCGCCGAUUGUCAUCACCGAGGAGCCGCCCAUGCUCAAGACCGCCGCGUCGGUGCCGUCGCUCCGGCAGAACGCCGGCCGUGUCAAGCGCGGCGACGUCGGGAGGAUAAUGGCGCGGAAGCCGAAGGACGUCUGGGCCGUGCGGCUCGCCGUCGGCACGUACCUGCUAGACGGGAAGCACUUCAAGCCCCUGGAGGUCGUCGAGGACGAAGGCGGCGACGAUCAACCCCAGGAUGAAUGAGCAUCAGAUCCAGCAACAAACAGCAAAACAUUCUUAGUACAUGUUAGUAUGCUGCACAAACUGCAAUGAGUGAAUUCAGGAUUCAGGAACAAGGAUGCAGAUUUUGGUUUCGCGUUCGCCACUUUCACCGAUAAAAUAGCUGGAGCACGCGAAGCACAAACGAAUUAGCAGCAGCCUCCAGGGGCUUUGUCUGGUUGAACAUAGGUGCAGCCACAGAAGAGUGUGAAUCGGUCAUAGAACUCACAGAUUGCACACACAGAAAAACAGUAUCUAUAUCCAUAUAUAUUCUGCCGA